ACCGGAUGUUGCUAAGGAGAAUAGGAGCGCAAAUAGCAGCACUGAGCCCAACAAAAUGUCACUCUGCUGUGUUUUGUAAAAUGCUGGUGGAAAUGCUCAUGUGGAAAUAGUUGGCCUACAGUCUCCUUAUAUUACCUGUUGGUCUGAAGAGAAUCACGUGUCUACGUGUUCUUGCUGUGUCUCAAAAUUGUAAACCAUGAUGGAUCGAAGAAGAGCCUUAACUAUUCCAUUUAAUGUUGACAAUAACUUGGUGGGAAACCCACUCAAAAUCUCCAUGCCAUGUCUCUCACCAAAGUGUGGGAAGUUAGAAAGACAGGUUUCCUGGACUGCAUUUGCAGGUUGCAAACUCAGACAUUGUGAUUCACAGCAUACAAAUGGAUCCACGCUGCUUGAUCACAAGCACGCUGCUAUAGUCACACUGGAAAUGGCAAGGAGGAAGCCCUGUCUGAUCCUGACCGAUGUCCUACAGACAGAACAGGGUAAGGCCUAUAUGGAAAGAAUAACAGAGAGUCCAACUUCAAGGAAAUGCAGACGAGGGUCAAGUACACCGUUGGAGAGUGGGCGAAGCAGAGGGGAGCCUCUGAUCUGCAGAGACAGGAGGUCCAGUCAGAAGGAGGCUGUUAAAAACAGAAGUCAAACCCCCAAAAGCAACCAAAAGACAACGACCCCACUUUCUCAAAGGUCAAGACUCUGCAGAAGGUCACAAAAUGUUGAUGACAAAGAGGACAGAGAACAAAACAAAGAUGGCAAGCAGGUUAUAAUAGGAAAAGACGACGGAGACGACUUCAAAUACGCUGAAGUUGUAGGUUGUGGGGUGUUAGUGAGAUGGGAGCCUGUAGAUGAUACCGGAAGUUGUGAUGAGUUCAUCAAGGGCAGGUUGUCUGAUCCAGAAAAAGAAGUGCAAAACAGUGUGAAGAGGAAAAGAAAGGAUCCAGCAUCGCCGUGCAAUGGAACCGGCAGCCCCAAACGCCACUGUGAGAGUGUGCUUCUGCUCAACGGAGAAGAAGGGAAGGAUAGAGGACUGUCCCCAACGCGUGUUCGUCAAACGGAACCCGAAGAAGACGGAGAUCCGGAAAGCCUAGACCGUACUAUUUUACAGUUCACGGUGGGAGGAGAUGAUCCGACCCCCGGUCCUCAUUUAGAAGCCGGAGACUCUGUUGCUACCCCCAGACAAAGUCUUUCCUCCUGCCAGGACAACAAGACCACAUCCAUCCCCUUCGAACCCAUUGUUCUGUCCAGUGAUGAUGAUGAUGAGGAGGAGGAGGAGGAGGAGGAGGAGGGCGCUGACGCUGCUCCCUGCAGCCUAGCGGUCCAAACACCGGUCACUGUGGAAGAUGCAGUAGUAGAGAUACAAUCCCCACAGAAAGCUGAGGACAAAGAGCAAGAAGCUUCUGACCUAGAGGACGUGCAGGUGCUUAUAGAGGAGCCUGUGUCAGUGACAAUUUCUCCAAACCCCAGUAUAGACUUCUCCUUCUCCACGCUGCACUGUGGUGGUUAUCGAGGGAGAGCAAAUGGAGAAAUCAUGAUAGCAGACCAAGAAAUCAUCAUCCCACUGGAAGAUGAUGAUACUGGAGAGGUGGAGGUGAGGCUAUCUCUGGACCGUAAAGACAUGAGGAGGUACAGCGUGUGGGAGCAGCAGGAACUGGUGGAGCGGGAUUUUCACUUUGAGAACGUCGAGGAGCCUUUCCCUGCCGCCAUUCUUCUGUUAUGUGUGUCAGAAACUGCUGCAGCUGCUUUACAGCGAGAACUACAAAAGCUGUGUGUGAAACAACAUGGAGCGACGAGCACUGGCAAGGCGAGCCCGUUUGUCCUGCUGACCCUGAGAUAUCCUGUGGUGGGAAUGGAGGGGGCUUUAUUGCGCUCCCUCCUGGACAUUGACUGUCUCAACAGUUUGGCUCAAGGAACCAUUGAUAGUGGCAACAAACUUAGUUGUUUGGACGACUUCAACACUCCUGUUCUUUCUCUGGAUGAUAGCCUAGAGCUGAUCAGAAGAACUGGACUGGACUCUCCCCUGCUGUCUCUGCUGGGCCUGGACUGCUCUUACCCUCGAUUAGACACAGACGAUGAUGAUCUGCAUUCUGAUAUAGACUUAAGCACCCCACCACACAUCGAGCUGGAGGUUGAUUUACAGGAAGAGACAGAACUGAAGCUGGAAACAGAUCCAGACACAGAACUCAAACCAGAGGAGGGUCGCAAAGAACAAGAGCUCGAACAACAGCCUGAACAACAGCCUGAACAGCAGCCUGAACAGCAGCCUGAACAACCGCCUGAACAACAGCCUGAGAAGAAAAAGGAGGAGCCCGCUCCUGUAUACACGCUGAGCCAUCGUAGAACAAACAAGUCCUACUACGUGUCCCUUUGUAAACCGGACUCCAGCUGGACUAAAUUUAAACAUCAUGGACUGGCACGAAGGUUGAUACAGUUUCCUCCCCCACCGUCGAAAGGAGGGAUAACCGUCACCAUGGAGGACCUGCAGUGCCUCGACACAGGGAUCUUCCUUAAUGAUGUUAUCAUCGACUUUUACCUCAAAUACCUCCUCCAGAACGCCUCUGCUGCCGUGGCCGAGCGCUCACACAUCUUCAGCAGCUUCUUCUUCAAGCAGCUCACACGCAGGGACAAUGCCAGUGAGGGAGGCACCGUUACCAGCGACUCCUGUCAAAGGCAGAGGCGGCACCAACGGGUGAAGACAUGGACACGACAUGUGGACAUCUUCAAGAAGGACUUCUUGUUUGUGCCUGUCAAUCAGGAGGCUCAUUGGUAUUUGGUUGUAAUCUGCUUUCCUGGACUGGAGGAAUCAAAAACUGAGACCUGGAGUGGUCCUGACUCUGAAAAGAGCCAGCGAGGGACAGGAGACCUGCAGGAAGAGGAGGCAGCUCAAGGGUCCAAAAGCCCGAGUGAUAUCACAGAGACACCCCCUACAUUAAAUCGCCUCGACAGUGUGGACACAGAGAAAGAAAAGGCUCAGGAAAAAGACCCUCAACCUGAUCGAGUGGACUGCACAGAACAGACCUUCCAGAAGAAAACCGUUAUGAAGAGGCCAUGUAUUCUUAUCAUGGAUUCCCUCAAACUUUCUCUUCAUGAGCGCGUCUUCAAACUCUUACGGGAGUACUUGCAGUCUGAAUGGGAAGUCCGUCGAGGUUCAUCGAGGGACUUUAGUUCUGAUCAGACGCAGAGCUCGCACUGUAUCGUUCCCCUGCAGGACAACAGCAGCGACUGCGGCCUCUACCUGCUGCAAUAUGUUGAGAGUUUUUUAAAGGACCCUGUGGUGCACUUUGAUCUUCCUCUACAACUACAACGAUGGUUUCCACGGCACCAGGUGCGGAGGAAACGAGACGAAAUCAGAGAUCUGGUACUUAGACUUUACAGAGAACAGAACCUGGAUAGUAACUGAUAGACUCAUGAAGGAACUCUGCUGUUCCGUGCAUCCAUUCCUGUAGCCGUUACACAUCACUGCUCAUACUGAGCAAUGGACAUUUCCGAUUACCUGAAAACAUUUUCAUUUGCAUAAAACGCCGUUAUUGAUUUAUUGUUUUCUGCAUUCACUCACAAACAAAACACCGUUGGCUAUCUGUUGAUCCUCUGAUUGAACAUGAAAGCAUAAAUCAUGUCAGAACAUGUUUGUACACCCUGGGAAACUUUUAAUGAUUGUUUUUAUGUGGCAAGAUCUUUUUUUUGUUAAUGAAUUAUUAUUAUUUAUUUUACAUUUAGUAUCUAGGGAAUUUGAUUAAAGUAGAACCACUGUAAGGCCUAGUUUGUACAGCAGAUUGUCAACCUUUAUUGUUGAGUUCAUUUGCUUUGCCAAUAUUUGUUUGACAUCUGAGGUUAUUUAUUUCAGUGUCAGUCAGGGAUUUUCUAAUCAGAACUGUUCUUAUUUUGCAUUCUUUGCAUCGGUACACCUUUACAGGAUGAAAACAGGCACAGUAUGAAAAUCAUUUCCUAUUUUCCCCUUUCCAUUAGAGAAUGACAUUAAGCCAUAGGAACUGAAAUCCAAACUUGAAGUAGCCGUUUAUCUGUUCCCUUUUCAGGAUAAAGGAAAACAACUAUUUCUGUUUGUCACUCAGUGCCUCACACAGUUAUCCAGUGCCAAGAAAUUACUUUACAUACUGACAAUAAACUAGGAUCAAUCACUCACGUCUCUUUGCAACAAAGCUAAACUGUCAUAAACAUUUGUCUGUGACACUCUUUCUAUCCCGAUCCAACAUGACAAAUCUUAAGUCACAACGGACGUUAACUAAACAUAAAUACAUUGGAAACAUAUAAUUCACUAUAAUAAUGUUGGACUACCAAUAAACGACUUGUACUGUACGUUUGCAUACAAAUCGUAGUUCUGAUAUUCAUAUGGCAUUAUUAAAUUAUCUAGUCAUUUGAGGUUUCUUGGCAAUACCAUUUAUUAUUUUCCAGAUUUGACAUACUGUCGAAAAUGUAGGUUUCUUCUACAUUGUAAACCACUGGUCUCAGUAUAUAGCUUCAGAAGUAAUAUGUUGGAUCGGACUUUGGGACACAUUUUUGCCCAUCAUGCAGCCCAAAUAAUAAGCUGUGUGUUGUAUUCAGUAAUAACACAUAUUUGUUGUACGUAAGAAUUUUUUUUAAUAAAAACACAAAUUGCAAAAAAGUCAUGUUCUAAAAUGUAAAACCUACCUUAAGACUCAUUGCAGUGUGUGCCUAAUUUGUUCUCUGCAGAGAAGUAGUCUUGUAUGAGUUUUUGUUCAAAUGUUUGUCUCUUUUUAACACUUAAUUUUAUUUAGUUUUUUAGACAUCGUGCUGGAUGAAUGUACUCUAGCUGAUUCCCAAAUAUCUUUUAGUAAACCAAAUAACAAUCAUUGUUCUGUCGAUUCUUGGUCUUGUUUUUAUUUUCUUCUGGAACCAGAAUAGCGGCAUUAAGCCAUCCCAGUAUGUAUUCUAGUGCCAGUGGACAAGUGUGGGGUCCUGACUCCUGAUUUCUUGUCCUACUUGGUAACAAGAUGAGGAUUAGAGGUGUGUAACUAAAACAGAGACUGAAUGUGUUGUUAAUCAGCUGAUGUAUUAUUUUCUAGGUAUUAAAUGUUUUAUUUUGGCUCCAGGUCUGCUUUUUUUUUUAUAAGAGAAGCUAAUAGGCUUGAUUUUGUUCUGUACAAUAAAAUGCCAAUAUAAUCUGUUCAGAGGUUUA